AUGCACAGUCUUGCAGCCAAGACGCCACGUUUCAUCAUACCAGGUCUCGUAAAUUUAGGCAAUACGUGCUUUUUCAAUGCGAUUCUACAGGCAUUAGCUUCUCUUCAUAGUGUACAUGAAUAUCUGGAAGAAAUUGAGCAACGCGCACGCGUCACACGCUGCAAUAUCGCAUUUACAGGCGCUCUCCGCGACUGUUUAAAAGCAUUGCGACCUCGAGAAGAACAUGAAGUCUGUCAAGUAUUUGCUCCAAGAGUUUUAAAUACUGAGCUUACGAGUAAAUUACGUGCUUUCCGUGGCAAUAGACAGCAGGACUCCCAGGAAUUGCUUCAGUUCCUGUUCAAAUUGGUUGGGAAUGAACAAAAACGCUGUGCCGUGCAAGAUCGAGGACUGGUGGACCUUUUAGAUGACAAUGUACACGAAUCUACGACAUUGAGUUCGAUCAGUGAUCUUCAAUUAUUGGAAGCAGUUGAUAGACGAAACUGGAAUCCUUUACAAGGCCUUCAAGUGAAUUUACUGCAAUGUUCUCGCUGCCAUUGCUUUCGACCUCUUAACAACCAACCAUUUCUGGACGUCUCUCUAUCGCUUGUCGGUGUAGGGGACACAAAAGUCUCUCGUCUGACGGAUGCGCUGCAUUUGUACACGGAAUCAGAGGUAAUUAAAGGGGUGGAAUGUAGAAACUGUAGUGUUGUUGAAGAGCUUAAAGUCACACAGAGAGAGGGUGCACAGGCCAUGAACGAAGAUAAACUUUAUCUCGGCAGUGUUAGCAACGUGCCGGAUCUGGAGAUCGCACAGCAUGAGCGGAAAGACUGGAUGCACAUGUUGGAGCAGCUGGCUAACUCAUCAUCCAGCUUUGAUCUGGAACAAACCAAACGGCCGAUUUUGCGAAGCUGUGGUGAAAGCCACAAGCGCUUGCAGUUCUCACGCAGCCCGGAUGUAUUUUGCUUUCAUCUGAGCCGAAAAGUUUACAGAAAGACUGGUGGUGCAGUCAAGCUGGGAAACCAUGUGGAGUUUCCUCUGGAGCUUGACAUGAGUAUCUACUGCCAAUACGAACUGGGCUCCGUCGCGGAGCAAAACCUAGUUGAUAGCGUCUCACGGCCACCAAGCGCUCUCAUUCGGCGGUCUGAUUCGUCUUCACUGCUCUUUAGUGAGACCGCCAAGCAGCAUUUACUCUACGAUCUGACGGCGGUCAUUCUCCACCAUGGCAACGAGCGCUGCGGUCAUUUCACAGCAUACCGCCGUGCAAGUCCGUCACAGUGGUUUUUCGUCUCUGAUGAGAGCGUACGUGAGGUUCACGUAGCUGAAGUUCUAAGUAGUUGCGCGUACAUGCUCUUUUACGAGCGUAAAUUUCGAACCAAGAAGACAACACGGAGUUCUGAGACGACAACAGAUGAUGACGAUAGUUUGCCGGAUGUGCCUUUUGAGCCCCACUUGCUGCUGCCAAAUGGCCGUUUCUGA